GCUGCCCUGGCAGGCGGCGGGCACGGACUCCGGCCGGGAACCGAGCGCGGGCCCCGUGACGCGCCAACGGCCGUUGGGGACGAGCGCGUGAGCGACGCAGAGCGCCGGCGACGGCGCCGCGGGGCACAAGGCGCGGGGUGCCCACGUGAGAGGGCGGGGCUAGACUGGCGGCCGUUGGCGCACGCGCCCCCCGCCCCCAACCGUCACUCUGAGCCCCCCUGACGUCGCGCGAGCGACCCGCUCCUGAGCCGGAAACCGCCGCCUGGGGCUCGCGGGGCCGGCGGCGCGUGCGGCCCUUCGCUCCGGCCGGGACCGUGGUAUGUGAUGGAGAAUUAUAAGAAAUCCAAGAUUGUGGAGAAGCCCUCUCCCCUUCCAUUCACCAACCUGCCUUCAGAUAUUAUUGAGAUGAAAGUGAAGGAUGGCAGCAAAAUCAGAAAUCUUAUGGGUUAUGCCAUCGGCAAGAUGGAGUCGGACUCAGUUAGGCAGAUUCUUUUCACUGGCUCUGGCAAAGCCAUCAGCAAGACUAUCACUUGUGUGGAAAUCAUGAAGCGACGGCUCAAGGGACUCCACCAAAUCACCAAAGUGCUCUUCAAACAGACCGAAGAGAUCUGGGAGCCCAUCGUCCCUGAGGCUGGUCUAGAUGCCUUGACAGUGAAGAGAAAUAUUCCUGCCAUAUGUGUCUUGCUGAGCAAAGAUGCACUAGAUUCCCAAGAGCCUGGGUAUCAGGCACCAGGCUCUUUUGAUGCCUUCUGGAUCGAGACGCUCAAAGCAGAGUCCCAGGGACAAAUUAAGAGAAAGCAGGGUGGAGGAAGGGGGGCUGGCCACACAGGAAAGCAUCCUAGAUCUGUUGGGGGACGUGGAGAAUCCUACAAAAAGCCUUGAGACAAAGAUACAUCAGAAGCAAUUGUUAAUGGCGUCAAGAACAAAAAACCAAGCCACCUAGUGUGGCUCAAGAGCUACCACCAAACACAGAGUGACUGAGCUCCUUGGUAGAGAAGAGCUGAAACCUAGCACAACUGGGAGAGGGACGAGGGCCAUGUGAAAACAGAUAUGGUCAUAGCCAUGGCAAAUACAUUCUCAUAACGAGUCUGGCAUUCUAUUUUGAUGAGGUUUUUUGUUGAAGACCUCUCUGGUGAUACUCUGUGGCUUAUGGUUUAAAAAUGAGGCAAGGUAGACCAGAAUUGCCCAAACUCUGUUUAAUGGUAAUUUGCCAGGAGUAAUGAAGCCAAAACUAAUCUGCAUUAAAUGGAGUAGGUUUCAGUUGCCCUGGAUGCGGCUUUGAAGAUGUCGCCGUCUGAGUGAGCCAUGCGUCUGUAUUAGAGAUGAAAGGGUAGUGGGCUGUGUUGUAGAACUCUGAGCUUGAGGUUCCUUUUUUGGCUUUCCUAACUAGCUAUUGCAAUGGCAUUUUAUUGGACUGGACCUCCUAACAGAGCUUUUGGGCUCAGUUUCCCUUUUUUUAGGUAUGUUCUGCUAAUCCCUUGAGAGAAACUGGUGAUCUGAAUAAGGAGCUGGGAUCUCAGCUUUGACAGUUACUGCUUGUGUGACCUUUGGGGAGUCACAUCCCUUCUAUUCCUCAUUUUCCUUGCCUGGAGGAUGGGGGAUGUUGUAUGUACGUCACAGGGGUUUUGUGAGGAUAGUAAUUAGUAUAAAUCAUCUUGACAUACGGCUCUGUAUACGUGUUCAAUACAAUUGUUAAUAGUGAACACCAAAGCAAAAAUUAUUUUUCCCUUUACCGUUCCUUUAUGAUUCUUAAAGCAGGGUUUAAAAUAAAGUUCCCUCUUGUGUUUUA